UGUGUUGGCUGGCUUCGGUUUCGCAUCUCAUCAUUCACCGACGAACCUCUGUACAUCAUAAGCCUUGUAAAUUUUCCACCUUUUCUUCGACCUUUCUCUCGCUCCAACACAUAUUUUAUAAUAUCAAUCUUUUCAAACAAUAUAAUAUUUUAUAAAAUUUCACUACUUUGCUCCCUUUACAGUUCCUUUCUCUCUCUGUUGUCUCUUCAACAGCGUCUUCCCGUUUUGAAACACAGUGAUGAACCAAGUUUCAUGCUAAAACUAAACUGCCCUCUAUUACAAAAAAAAAAAAAAAAAAAAAAUAGUUCUUCUCAGUACUUCUGUUACUGUUUUGUGAGCAAUUUAAGAGGGUAUUGUUUAUUCUUUGUUUUGACUAUAAGUUUGAAUACCUACCUAUCAAUUUCAGUUGUCAUGUUGCUUGUUUCAUUCUUGUCGUGAAAAAGGUGAAGUUUUACUUGUUUUUUUAGGUGAUUCUUUUGUUGGUUUAGUGUUUAAUGGUCUUUAAGUUUUGAGUUUUAACUUCACCUAACGUUCUAGUAGUUUGAUUGACUGGUGGGUGUGCUGGUUUGUUUGUUUGCUUGAUUGGGUUAAGUAUAGUUUAGCAUUUAAAUAAAGUUGAUGAUUCCAAUACUUUUUUUUUGGACUUGGACGUGCCUUCACUUCGUUCAAAUCUUUGAAUUCUGAUUCUGGGAAGUGGGAGUUGUUGUUCAACGUUUUUUAGUUUCUGGGCCCGCUUGGUUUUACUUCUUGAUUAAGGAUUUGUGAAGGUGGGUUGAAUGUAAGAAAUUUUUGUUGAAGGGUUUUAGAGUUGUGAAUCUAGUGAGUCACUCACCGAGUUUUGCUGGUUGAGUUGGAGGAUUUGGAUGUGAAUAAUUGCUGUUAAAUUCUUGGUCUAUUGAGGCUUCAUCUUUUGAGGUUGUUUAGCAUUGUUAGAGGGCUUUAGAGCUGUAUGCUUGAUGGUUUUAGUUCUUUACUGUAGUCUUGCACGUUUUGAGCUCUAAUAUUUGCUGUUAGAUUGAACAAGUUGGGUGCCGAGAAUUGAAAUUAGAGGGUUUUGUGGUAGUGUCCUGGUGGAGUUUAGUUGUUGAAGUUACGGUUCUGAUGAAAUGGGGAGUAAUGGGUUUGAUCAUCCAUUACAAGAUUCAGGGAAGGGGGAAGGUGUUAGCCGGAGCAAGAAACUGAAGAAGGAUGUGGAGCAGAAUGAUGUGGCUGAUACAUCAAUAAAAGUGGAUUAUUUGUCUUCCGAAGAAGAUUCCAGUGCAGGCUCAUUUGAUGAGGAAGAAAAUCAGGGGACAAGUUCAUCAAAGCAGCCAUCAGUUUUGGAGAUUUUCAAGGCCAGAGACUGGAGUGUUAGUUCUUCGACUCGACGAGGCGUGGAUCAUUGCACCACUGCACCUAUAACUGCUUACAACAAUUCACUAAAUGAUGAUGAUGAGAUUAUAUAUUCAAGGUCAAUGACAGAAAAGAAGAAUGUACCAAGGCAUGACCUGAAAUUGGAUAGACUGUCAGAGCGUGAAAAGAAAAAGCUGAUUGUGGAACUAGUCAGGAUCCAAAAUGAUGGCACAGUUGAAGUUGAUAUAAAUAAAGGCACACCUGCAGCUUCAGAAUUAUUAGAGUUUCAACCUGUUGAAGCACCACCUGUCUCUUUUGAUAAUACCAGUUUUUAUGAGUCCAAAAAAUCAAUCCCAAGAUUGAAAAUUACCAUGCUUGUUGUGGGAACAAGAGGAGAUGUACAGCCGUUCCUGGCUAUGGCCAAGAGACUUCAGGAGUUUGGUCAUCAUGUUAGGUUGGCAACACAUGCUAACUUCAAAGAUUUUGUGAGGUCAGCUGGUGUAGAGUUUUUUCCUUUGGGUGGUGAUCCUCGGGUUUUGGCAGGAUAUAUGGCCCGGAAUAAAGGUUUGAUCCCAUCUGGACCAGGGGAGAUAUCAAUACAAAGAAAGCAACUGAAGGCCAUUAUAGAAUCUCUUCUUCCGGCUUGCACAGAGCCAGAUAUGGAAACUGGCGCGCCUUUUAGAGCUCAGGCAAUUAUUGCAAAUCCUCCUGCUUAUGGGCAUGCACAUGUUGCUGAAGCUCUUGGUGUACCCCUUCACAUCUUCUUCACAAUGCCUUGGACGCCAACUUAUGAAUUUCCUCAUCCACUGGCACGGGUACCUCAAAGUGCUGGAUAUUGGCUUUCAUAUAUAGUAGUGGAUUUACUGAUAUGGUGGGGCAUAAGGAGUUAUAUUAAUGACUUCAGGAAAAGGAAGUUGAAGCUUCCUCCUAUUGCAUACUUCAGUACAUACCAUGGAUCAAUAACUCAUUUGCCAACGGGGUAUAUGUGGAGUCCUCAUCUUGUGCCAAAGCCAAGUGACUGGGGGCCUCUAGUUGAUGUUGUUGGAUAUUGUUUCCUAAACCUUGGGUCGAAGUAUCAACCACAAGAAGAGUUUGUUCAAUGGAUUAAAAAUGGACCAGAACCUAUAUAUAUUGGAUUUGGGAGCAUGCCUCUUGAUGAUCCUAAGAAAACUACGGAUAUUAUAUUGGAGGCACUAAAAGAUACAGGACAAAGAGGAAUAGUUGACCGAGGUUGGGGAGAUCUUGGAAGUUUUACAGAAGUUCCUGAUAAUAUUUUCCUUGUGGAGGACUGCCCUCAUGAUUGGCUGUUUCCUCAAUGUUCUGCGGUGGUUCAUCAUGGUGGUGCCGGAACAACAGCAACAGGAUUAAGAGCUGGGUGUCCAACAACUAUAGUUCCUUUCUUUGGAGAUCAGUUCUUUUGGGGCGAUAGGAUAAAGGAUAGAGGGCUUGGACCUGCACCAAUACCAAUAUCUCAGCUUACCGUUGAGAAUCUUUCAAAUGCCAUAAGAUUUAUGCUCCAGCCAGAGGUGAAAUCUCAAGCAAUGGAGUUGGCAAAGUCAAUAGAGAAUGAAGAUGGUGUUGCAGCUGCAGUUGAUGCAUUUCAUCGGCAUCUACCUGCUGAGCUACCACUGCCUCCUCCAUCACCGGAGAGAGACGAUAAUCCAAAUCCUAUCCAGUGGUUCUUUAUUCAAAUCGGAAAGUGGUGCUGUCAGCCUUGUGGUGGUGUGUAAACUUCAUAGAGAACUUAUAGCGUGAUAUAGUUAGGUAUUUUUUUCUCAAUUAUUUUAUUGCUAUCAUUCUAGUUAAGUGAUUCAUUCAUUUCAUUGGCGGUUCUCUUCUAUUGGCUUCAUUUCUUUCAUGUGUCUCUUAUACCUGUUUGAUUGAUAGAGAGAAAAAAAAUAUAAAAGUAAAUAACAGUGUAGAUUUGUCUCAAAGCAUUGACGACAAUGUUUCUUGUGUCUUUAUUCGUGUAACGUGAAUCUGAAGUUCCAAGAGCUUGAUUUUUUAA